AUGUCUCACGAGGCUCUCAACCCCAUUCACCCCUCCGUGCUUCCCCACUUAGACCCCGUCUUUGUGGAGCUCUACAACGAACACGUCGCCAACACCCCAUCAGGCCCAAUUGAUCUUGCUUUAUUACGCACAAAGUAUUCGGUUCUUUAUUCUUAUGGUACAGGCCCCGCCCCAGAUUGCGCCCGUAUCUACGAUGCCCAAGUUGCAGGCCAUAAUGGCGAAUUGAUCCCUGUUCGCGUCUAUGAGCCCGACUCUCCAGGUCCAUGGCCAGUACACAUUGACUUUCACGGUGGAGGAUGGGGCCUCGGCGACCUCGACACGGAAUCCCACAUCUGCAAACACAUAUGCGUCAAAGCAAAUGUCUGUGUCAUCGACGUCGCAUACAGACUGGUCCCCGAAUACGCAUUCCCAAUUGGAAUCCAAGACUCCUUCGCAGCGCUGCAGCACAUCCAUGCAAAGGGCGCCGUGGAAUUCGAAAUUGACCCGACCCGUAUCUCCCUCGGUGGCGUUUCAGCCGGUGGAAACAUCGCUCUGAUCUGCGCACAUCUAGCCCGGGAUGCGAGUAUUCCCCUUCGGCUGGUCGCAGUUGGUACACCGACUAUUGAUGAUAUUUCGAAGUACGCCUCUGCCGCUGAGGCUCCCUGGCCGUCCAUGCAGGAGAUGGAGCAUGCACCCACCCUGAAUUGGGGACGGCUGAAGUGGUUUGACAAUUUGAAGUGGCAGAGUAUUGCAUCAGAGGGACCGGAGAGGGAGGUGCAAAUCAAGGCUUUGAAGUGGUAUGCCAAUGCUUUGCAGGCGCCGGAUUUUACACAGUUGCCCAAGACCGUGAUUUACACUGCUGGCUGUGACCCUCUGCGCGAUGAGGGCGAGGCUUAUGCGAAAAGGUUGAUUGAGAGUGGGAAUGAGGUCAUUCAAAAGCGGUUUGCGGGAGUUCCACACCCUUUUAUGCACAUGGAUGAAUACCUGUGGCAAGCGAAGGAGUUCAUUGAACUGACUGCUGAUCAUAUUCGAGACACUCUGCAUCGGUAG